UUUAAAUUAAUACAUAUUAAGUGGCCAAGGACCAGCUAGGGUUUCCCAAAUUCCAAACUUUUCGCCGCCAAUCGAUUCCGACCUCUUUCUUCCCUUCGUCUACGAUCAUAGAACCUUUAUAUUUUCUGCGUUCGUAGCCCUAAUCGAGGUUAAAAUCCGUAAAAAGUUGGGAUUUCUUUGGGAUGCGUUUGAUUUGUCUUCAUCAUCUGUAAUCUGAACGAUUCUUUGGUGCUCCAGUUUUGAAUUGGAGACGAAGCUAAGUUGCGAGGAUGCCCACGUUGACGGCGUUAUCGCUCGAUCGGCUCCUGGAACCAACCUCGCGAAACCCUAAGCCGCAACUGGAACCGAGGCCGGCGAACUCUCGACCGAUUUUCGCCUCGCCAGCGCUCUACGCCACGCCGGCGGUGACCCCUCUUCCCCUUUCGGACACCCCUUCCUCCUUUCCACCGUCGCCCUACAUUGUCAACCACAAGCGACGAGGACCUCGCCUACUGAGGCCGCCACCUCCAUUGGAAGCUGAGAAGGAGAUAGCUUCCAAAGAUGAAGCAAGAGAAAUUGAUUUGGAUGCGAAUUUGGGAUCUUCGCCGAUUGUCUCUGUUGAAGAGAAUAAUUCAGGAAAUGCGAUUGCUGUAAAUGAGGAAACAGAGGAUAUACUUGAUUUUCUGGAUUCCAUGAGCUCGGCUAGUAGUUUGGAUGGGGAGGAUGGCUCUGCAGCUGAGGGACUGCGAAAGCUGGGAACUGAGAUGGGGGAGUUCUAUGAUGCAUGUGAUGAGAUAUCAAGUGAUGGUGGCUCAAGAUCUUCUUAUAGGAAGACUGAAGACGAAAUUCGUGAAAUGCGGCUGAAUUUACUCAUGGAAAUUGAGAAAAGGAAGCAAGCAGAAGAAGCUGUUGAGGACCUGCAGAUCAAGUGGAGAAAUCUCCGCCGACAUCUAUCGGCUGUUGGAUUCGUUCUUCCUGAUCUUCCCAAAUCCAUGGAAGCAGAAGCCAUUGUUGAUCCAGCAGAGGACUUGAGCUAACAAAUUGUCGUGGCAAGGGUUGUGUCUGCUUCCAUCGCGAGGGGCUCUGCCAGAGCUGUGAUGGAGAUGGAGAUGGAACCUCGAAUCGAGGCGAAGAACUUCGAGAUUGCAAGGAUCAUGGAUAGGCUUCGAUAUUACGAAGCUACGAACAAAGAGAUGUCUCAAAGAAACCAGGAGGCUGUUGAGAAGGCGCGGCGUCGCCGUCAACAAAGGAACAAGAGACAAAAAUGGUUCUGGUGUUCGAUUGGCGUUGUCGUGACCCUCGCCUCCGCCGCCAUUGCUUGGUCCUAUCUACCUUCUUCAAACCCACCCGCUUCGAAUGAAGACUAAAAAACUCGAUCCAAGAAGGCCAAAUACCAUGGUGGUAUAUUUGCAAUAAUGAAAUUUUCUCAGCAGAAUUAUUUUACCUGCUAAUCAUACAAAAUGUAUACGCAAAAGCCUAAAAGCUUUGCCAAAUAAAUGACCAUCUUAUGGUAUAUUAUGUAUAGUUUCCAUGGUUUUAAUAUAAUUUUUGAGCUCACUCUGAUCCUUGAUAUAUAAGUUGUAGUAAUGUGCCGAAAAAAAAAAAUAUAAUAAUAAUGCAUGGAACCUUCCCUGUAUCUGCAUCAUUUAC